AUGGCUAGUGGUUGGUCAUCGUCAUUUGAGAUUUGUGACACCAGUUCAAGCAUAGACAUUGACGAAUGUAGUGGUAGUACAGGAUCAGAAAUUAGAAAGAACAAAGGAGAAUAUAUUAAAGGAGCUUUCUCAAGUAAUAAAAGAUCUCCAAAGCUUGCAUUAAAUUCUGGGACAUUAGAUGUUUCAAGGAAUGAUGACUAUGCCAUGAAUUUGACAUAUGUAAUAGAAGCAAUCUUUCUGCAUGGAUAUCAAGUCUCUUCUAGAACAAAUUUCUUCAAGAAAACAUCAUCAGGAACAAUGCCUACUCCAGAUUUCUGGGAACUUGUCCAUUCAUUUACCCACAAUGAUGUUAUUCAUCAACUGGCUCAUUUAUCGCACAUUACAUCUCAUAUUGGAUUGUGUAGGGCUUGGUUGAGACUAGCUUUAAAUGAUGGACUUUUAGAGAGUUACUUCCAUGCUAUAUUAGCUGACAAGAAGAAAGUUCAUCAUAGUUAUACGUCCAAGUCAUUAUUGAGAGAUGAUGAAGCUGUGGCCAUUUUGUUAACACAUCUGUCAGGUCUCAUUGAGUUAACUUUUGACUUCAAUUACAAUACUCCCAGUCUUAAUCAAUGGACCGGGCAAUCACUUCAGCUUUCUGGAGUCUGGGAACCACCAUAUGCCCCAGCGGCUACCAUUUCAGCAAAAGUCACAGAGAAGUCGGGUCAACUUUUAACAGUUCCUAAGGUAGCCAUUCUGAGCAAUGUUUCAUCCAUGAAUGAUUUAGCUGAAGACAAAAUAGUUCAACAGGAAACAAAAUCAAAGGAUGAAAACACAACUCAUGAGCAUAGCAAUGAUCAAGAUAUUGAAAUUGUAAAAAGGUCACAUCUAUAUCCAAGAAGAAAGAAACUCCUUCAGAAGAAGACUCCAAUUUAUCCCAAGAAAAUAAGAACUCAGGUCUCAGCUCAACACAACCCUUGUCGACGUAUGAAGUUACUGUCGUUAAUUAACAAUAUAGCCCGAGAGAAAGGGCUAGAUGGUCAAAAUUAUAAAUGUCAUGGUUGUUCCAGACCAAUUGGAAUGAUUUAUGGACAGUACAAAGUGUGUUGCUUUGAUGGAAGUUAUUACUGCUACGAAUGCCAUGUUGACGAUGAACAUGUUAUACCAUCAAAAAUAGUCCACAACUGGGAUUUGUCCAAAUACAAAGUUGCGAAACAUGUGAAAUUAUUUUUGAUGCAAAUUGACGAGGAACCUUUGUUUCAUAUUGAUGAAGUCAAUUCUACUUUGUACAAUGCCAUUGGGAAAAUGAAAAAAGCGAAGCAUUUAAGAAUGCAACUUCAACAUAUGAAAGGAUAUGUGAUGACGUGUAAAAAUUCCAUGAUUUUUGAAGAUGUGAGAAGAAGAAUGUGGCCUAGAGACUAUCUAUGGGAUGAUAUUCACCAGUAUUCGCUUUUGGACUUAAUUCAAGUGAAUUCUGGACAACUGCAUCAUCACAUAAGGAAGAUUAUUUCUUUUUGUAAGAAACAUGUUUAUGAAUGCGAGGUGUGUAGUCAAAAAGGUUUUAUAUGUGAAAUCUGUAAGGAUUCAAAGAUUCUCUAUCCGUUUGAAGUACAUAAUACAUUACAGUGUUCUAGGUGCAAAGCGUUGUUCCAUAAACAUUGUAAACUGGAAAGAUCGUGUCCUAGAUGUAUAAGACGACGGUCACGAAGUGAACGAAUGUCUGAGGAUAUGAAUAUUGAUAAAGAAAAAAUCAACGAUGCUUUAAAUCCUUUGUUGUAAAGGUGUCCUUAGGCAUGUAGUAAAUGUAAAGCAAUGUUAAAGUUCAUGGUUGAAAUAAUGGAAAGUCGUGGGAUCGAAGGAACAAUGUACAACCAGCUAUGCUGACCAUGCAAAGAUCAUAUAUACCAAAUGAAUAUUUCUUUCACGCUAAUGUUAUAAUCAAGCCAUGAAAAGUGGUUGGGGAAAAGUCGCACAAACUAUACAAAGAAAAAAGUAAGAGUUAAUGAUAACUAUAAUUACUACCUUAUUUAACCCUUGAUGUACCUGUAACAUUCAAUACCCAAAGCUUAAUUUAUUAGUAGAUAGAUGCAUUCUAUUUAAAUUCUUGUUAAUCAAUUUUUACCAUACAGACGAUAAACUUUAUAUUUAUUAUACCGUUAGAGCGAGAUGAUUUGAAAUGUUUUUGUACUGUGUUGAGUAACCAUCUACCGUGUUUUCUACAUGUGUUGUUAAUGUCCCAUUUACUUCGUAGUAGAUUAUUCCACUUGUGUCGAACUCUUGGCUAAAACCUUCAAAAUAAAACAACAAGGCAACGUGUUAGGUAUUAGGACUGUACUAUUGUAACACUUUAUAGUCGUAAAUGAUCGUUAUACAACUCUGAUUUAUUGAAUAGAAAUCUUAUUUAUCUUUCUCAAUUUU